UACGCGGGGAGCGAGCAGCUGGAGGCGGGGAGCUGAGGUCAGUUCCUCCGCCGCGCCGCCCGAAGGGACGGAGGCGCCUCUUGGCCGGGCGCUUUGGCCGAGAGCCUCCCUCCAGCAUCGCCGGCCGAGCCGCUUCUCCAGCUGCAGCUCCGCCUCGCCAGGGCUGCCUAACCUCCCUCUUUCUCUUUCUCUUUCUUUCUCUCUUUCUCUCUCUCUCUCUCUCUCUCGGCCGGGUUCCUGUCCCCCCUCCCUCCCCGCCAGCCCCUUUCUCUCCUCGGAGCGCGCGCUCGGCUGCGCUGCCGGCCACCAAGCCGGGGAAGCGGGUGCUGGGAGCGCGCGUGCGGCGGCGCUGCCCUCUCCCGGCGAGGCGCGGAGCUGCGAGCGCCAAGCGCGUCCCUGCGCCAUUUCGGAGGAGCGCAGCAUCUCGUGUCCUUGGGAGGAAAGGGGCCGCGAGGCGGGCGAGAAGAGAGGAGGAGGAGGAGGAGGAGGAGGAGGAAUCCCGCCGAUCUUUUCUGGGAAGCAGCCGGUCCUCCUGCAUCGGAGCUCAAGUCCCCAGAAGUCUGCGCUGGACUGGAUCCGCGCCCGCGCCUUUCCACGGUCAGGUCCAUGGGGAGGCACAGAGCUGGCGCCAGAGAGAUCGACUCACAGAUGCAGACUCUUUAUUUGGAUGUAAGUCCCGCCGUCCCCGAUGAAAUUAACUUCCAGGUGAACAUGUAUAUUUACACAACUUCUUACAUAAGCUGUGGGAUGAACAUCACAUGUGAGCGGCUAUGACAUCUGAAGCAGGUGAAUCGGUGCAAGAUCAGCUUUUGAAAUGCAGCUGAAGAAAACAAGAAAAGUCUUACCAAUAUUAACUGCCAGCCAAGGGAACAAAGGGCCUAGGUCAUUGACCACAUUGCCAAAGCAAACAAAUGUUGAUAAAGCAAAUACAAUAAAGGCAAAUGAUGAAAACUGCAAUUUUGCAUAUAAAGAAGCUGAGGAAAGUGAAUUGUAUCCAAUAAGUUGUAUUAAGUGUAGAUGUGUGCAAGACAUUUUGGCACUACAGUUGCAUCAGCAGAAAUGCCAAGAUAUUGAAGAUGACUACCAAGUCUGUAGCAAGGGCCCGUUGACUGUGCUGUCCACUCUCAAUUUUCAGAUUGCACCUGCAGUUGCAUUGGACACUGAAGCCCAAGAGAAAAUGUCCCCCAAUAAACCUCGAAGAGCCUUCAAAGUAAAAAACUUUCAGCCAGACAAAUACUAUUGUGACAAAUGCCGAUUUUCCACAAAGGAUCUCUUACAACAUAAGAAACAUGUAGCUCAACAUGAAAAGAUCAAAUGUUCCCAGUGCGAUUGGGUGUCUUACACCAAAGGGGAAUUCCAAAGGCAUACAGUGAAACAUACUGGGAGAUUUCCAUACCAGUGCAAAUACUGUGACUAUGGUGCAGUUAGGCAUGAUUAUAUUGUCAAACACACGAAAAGAUUACACGUAGCUGAGAAGCAAGAAAUGAUUUCAGUUGCAAAAGUUGAUCAAAAACGAAAUUGUUCACCAGAGCAUAAUUUGGAGUGGAAGAAACAUGGCCUGGAAACUUCUCAGCAGUGCACACCUUCAGGUUUAUCUCAGAUUUGUGGGAUUAAAGAUGAAAUGCCUGAAAAUGAUUCAUCAUCAGUUUAUGAUGAAUGUAGUCAAAGUACAGCCUUCAUACAAGAUAAAAAUGUAUAUAAACUAUCUGAUGUCAGAAUCCACAAAAAUGAAGAUGCAUUGAUGGAAGUUGAAGUUUAUUCUCCAAAAAAAGGGCCUAUAACACCUGGAAUGCCAUUAACAGUGGUUGCACCUGCCAAAUUUUGUGUUCCACAUAAUUGUUUGGCACAAAUAGUAGGAAUUAAAAGAAAUAAUGGUACACAGCAUUUGAUUCUUAAACUCAUUCCUCCGAAAGGAACUACCUCUGAAGCUAUGAAUUAUAAAAAAGUAGAAUCUGGAAAUCAGUGUGCAGAACAAGAAGAAAAAACAAUAAAUAACUGUGUGCCCCCAACUCUUGAGUCCUGUGCUUUAGAUAACAAGAAUGACAAGAACUGUCUGCAUUCUGCCAGUUCUACUACUUUGAACUGCAGCUUGAUAAAUACCCAGGAGGAAAAUGCUAUUUGCAAAGAAAACACACAGAGAGAAUAUGAUCUUCUACCACCUUUAGCAGAGUUUUCUUCUGAAAAAACAAAUUGCCCAGAACUCUUUCAAAAGAGAAAAUGUUCAGAAAAUAAACAUAUAACUUCCAGUUCAGAUCCAGCCAUAUGCCUAGCAGCUCCCUCUUCCGAAGAUGAGAACAAGUCCCAAAGUGAUUUGUUAGCUACUGUCCAGAAAAACAAUAGUUUACCGUCUUCCUCAGUAUUCGGUAACAUGCGCUUCACUUUAACUAAUGCCAAAGAAGAACAAUGGAAUGAGUUUAGAGUAGCUGCAAAAACACAUUUGUUUGAUUCCCAUUUGUUUCACCCUUUUGAAAGAGCUGCAGUGUCACAGCAGAAUAAGCCUCUAGCUUCAGAGGAGUCUGAGAACGUCUUAGGUGUGAUCAAUGGAAUUAAUGUGAAAAGAAAGAAAGAUGAUAUGGAAGUGGAAGCACACAAUAUAAAAUAUGAAGGUGAUUCAGUAGAUGGUCCGGUGAUCUCAUCUGUGUUUUCCCUCAGCUCUGGCGCUGUGAAUAUCCCGGAAGGAAUUAAGUGGGAUGAUACAUUACAGAAGAAAAGGUCCACAUCGUCGUUGUGCAGAAAGAUUGCUCAGCUGAUGUCUGCUGUUGAAUCAAAUGUGAAAUCUCAAUUAGCUGCUUCAUUAAGACACAGUCACAGCCAAGCCUCUAAGGAGAAAGUGUUAUUGCCAGAAAAAAAGAGUGAAAAAACUAGCUCAGAUAUGAUAUCUGAACAAGAACUUGUGCCUUCUCCUCGGAGACCAAAGGGCGCCACUUUUUCUAAUGAGUGUUCUAAUAAGCAAGAACAACCCUUGGAAACACUUAAAGAGGCUAAAACCAAAACCAGGGUGAUUACAAAAACAAACACUGUUUCUCCGGCUUUCAUUCCUCAAGGAACUGUACUGAGAGUGCUAAACUGCAGUAGUUCUGAGGCCCCAACUGAAAAACAAAAUGGUGAUGAAAUGUCACCUUCCCCUUCUCGAUAUUGCAACAAAAUGUUUAUCCCAAGGCCAGUUCCUUGCUGUGUUUCUGCCAGACUUGACAAAGGUCCAACUUUGCCAGCUGAGAAUGAAGUUAAUGAGGUUUCUAGAAAUCUCUGUGUGUCACAUAGUCACACUUGUCACUCUCUUAGUUCUGUGCCAGGUUAUGGCCAACAAAAUGGAAUGUUGCCAUGUCAAAAAGGCGGCAGCCCAAGUGGGCUGAGCAAAAGGGCCACGAAAGGUGAAGAGGAGCCCCAGAACAAAGCUAAGCGAGCACAUCCUGCAAACACUUUGCCCCAGAAGAGACUCGCAGCUCAAGAGGAACGCUUCCUUAAAGUGGCGCCCACUCUCAUGAGAUGCCUUAGGCUUGCAGCAUUCAAAAGUGAUCAGCUAAUAAAAUGCCCUCAUCGUAACCAGCCAGUAGUUGUCUUAAACCACCCUGAUGUUGAUUCACCAGAAAUAAUUAAUAUCAUGAAGGUUAUCAAUAAGUACAAAGGCAAUGUCCUGAAAGCAAUUUUAUCAGAAAGAACUAUUAGCUGUCUCAGUGUGAAACGACAUUAUAAAAGACUUACUUUUCAGACUUUUGAUAGAUCAUCUCAAGUGAAACAACAGAAAAAAGUAAGAAUGACACGAAAGAAGGUGCACAAAAAUAACUGCAAGGAGGUGGCUUCGUCAAUAGCGGAAGCAUCAAAACAAAUGUUUAAAUGCUGGUUUUGUAGUAGGGUGUAUGCUGAGCAAGAAGAAUGGAUAAAUCAUGGGCAGAAACAUUUACUGGAAGCCACAAAAGGGAAGGACAGUGACCAGGCAGCAUCUAUGCAAAAGCUUCAGUCUGUUCAGGGAAAUCAAGGGAACAGUCUGCUCAGGAAAGUGCCUUGUGUGAAGAAGCACUGCAAGAAGACAGUGCUCUUGCACAGCUCUCAUUCAUUUCCAUAGAACUUCAGCAGGAGAACUUCUUGCUCUUUUAGGUCUAGUUCGUAAAGCAGUGAGUUGUGCCAAGGCUGAAUAUAGGGGACUUUUCUGACAAUUAAAGAGAUUGGCAAUCAAGACUUUGAAAUAAAAUCCCAAUAGAAGAAGGCAUUUUAAAAAAAAAUUUCAUUGUCACAAAAGAAAGUUCAGCAUCAACUCUCUUAUUAAGAAUGAUGGGCACAUUUCAACAACCACUCUACUUUUACUUGGAAAAAGAAAGAAAGAAAGAAAGAAAGAAAGAAAGAAAGAAAGAAGAAGCUAUUACAUGUUUGGACUUCAAUCACAACAUGAAAAAUGGAAUACUUGUGGUGGUUGCUAUUUUGACAUCUUUUCUAAUGUAUUUAAGUUGGGGGAUAUUUUUGUGCUUCUGGACCCUAAAUAUUUUAUCUUCUGAAACUUUCACAAAGCACAUUUUAUGACUGGUCUUUUAAAAAUCAAACUCUUUGUAAUACAGUGUUAAAACUGAACGUCUGGUUCAAUCACAGUAUCUGUUGUCCAAUUCAGUAGAAGUUCUUUACCAGACUCUUCUCUUCCCCUCCCCUCUUUCAGUUAUGGCUGAAAUGGCUGUUCUUUGGGUCAGUUCUCAUGUCUGCCUUUCACACCACUGCAAGUACUUGAAAAGUUGUAAGAAUCUGAUGUAUUUCAGUGACUGAAAAGGAUGACGAGAACUAAGGUUUUGCCUGCUUUGCUUGGUCAAUUAGCAGCUAAGGCUGUAAUAGUGCGAUGGGUCGUGAAUGUGGUUAAACCUGCCCUGCGCCCACCUCUCACCUCUUUCAGUGCCUGAUUUCAUGGCUGAUGUUCUCUGGUUUCAUAGCAACCUUGGGUAUGCAGAUUGGCAAAGCCCUUUUUGGCUGUCACUUGCUUAUUUCCUCCUUUAUUCCUUUAAAAAGUCUUGCCUGCCUUAGUCUGGGGCAGCAGAGCCUCAGUUUUGAAAUCUGAAUUUCAAGCUUCAUGAACAUCUUGCAUGAAAUUUAACUCAUCUAUGUUACUACCUCACAGGCUAGCAAUUGCUUGUUUUUUUUUAUUCCAGGUCCUAUAACCUUUUAAUUAGAACAAGAUGAACAAUACUUCAUCUUUACAUGUGUGAUACUGGAACAACUAGGGCAUUCAUAUUCCAGGGCUCUUGCCA